UUUGGGCGUGACAGAUGGAAGAUGUGGGUGUGGCUUUCGUGGAGUUGGGUGCCGGUGGAGUCCAGGCGCUCCAAGUCAGGAAACGUCCCAGUGAGAAGGCGGCUGUCCCGGGGAGGUGCACAGAGCCGUUCCGCAGCAGCAUGGCUUCUCUGACGGUGGAGGAAGGCGAUGGCAGCAAGGUUAGGUCUGUAUCUGUGGAUCUGAACACUGACCCAUCUCUACAGAUUGACAUUCCAGAUGCAAUCAGUGAGCGAGAUAAAGUGAAGUUCACUGUCCACACAAAGACUACUUUGAACACGUUCCAGAACCCAGAGUUCUCUGUGACCCGUCAGCACGAUGACUUCAUCUGGUUACAUGAGUCCCUUACUGAGACCGAGGAGUAUGCUGGCAUUAUUAUUCCACCAGCACCUGCAAAACCUGACUUUGAUGGGCCAAGGGAAAAGAUGCAGAAGUUGGGUGAAGGAGAAGGCUCUAUGACAAAAGAUGAAUUUGCUAAAAUGAAACAAGAAUUAGAGGCGGAAUAUUUGGCAGUUUUUAAGAAAACCGUGUCUGUACAUGAAGUUUUUCUACAGAGAAUUUCCUCUCAUCCCAACUUGAGCAAAGACCGUAACUUCCAUAUAUUUCUGGAAUACGACCAAGAUUUAAGUGUCAGACGGAAAAACACAAAAGAGAUGUUUGGUGGAUUCUUCAGGAGUGUGGUGAAAAGUGCCGAUGAAGUUCUUCUCUCUGGAGUGAAGGAAGUUGAUGAGUUCUUUGAGCAAGAAAAAAUAUUUCUUGUGAAUUAUUACAAUAGGAUCAAGGACUCCUGUGCUAAGGCUGACAAGAUGACAAGAUCCCACAAAAAUGUUGCUGAUGAUCACAUCCAUAUUUCAGCUGCCCUGGUCUCUGUAGCAGAGGAGGAGAGCACGCCACUUAGAAAGUACUUACUUAAACUCGCAGAGUUAUUUGAAAAGCUCCGAAAAAUAGAAGCAAGAGUGUCAUCAGAUGAAGACUUGAAACUUUCCGAGCUAUUAAGAUACUACAUGCUUAAUAUAGAGGCGGCUAAGGACCUUUUGCACAGGAGGACAAAGAGCCUGGGGGAAUAUGAAAAUUCAAAUAAAGCCCUCGAUAAAGCUCGGUUAAAAAGCAGAGACGUGAAGCCAGCCGAAUUGCAUCAGCAGGAGUGCUGCCAGAAAUUUGAGAAGCUCUCAGAGUCUGGAAAGCAAGAGCUUAUGAGCUUCAAGAAGAAGAGAGUGUGUGCCUUUCGGAAAAAUCUUGUGGAAAUGACAGAACUAGAAAUUAAGCAUGCCAAGAAUAACAUAUCAUUAUUACAAAGCUGCAUUGACCUAUUCAAGAACAGCUAAACCUAAUGGGAUGAUUUGACCUGAAAGCACUGAUUGCACUUCGGAAAGGCUGAGAUACAUCAGCGAGAAGAGCAGCUGCAUUUCCACUCAAUCUUAAAAAGAUAAGAUUAUCAUGAUCUAAAAUAGAUAUAUUUUGUUAAUAACUAUGGAAAGGUUUAAAUGUAU